AUGCCGAAGGAACAAUAUCGUGAAACCGAUGUGGCGAGAAAAAUCUCCCACGUCAGUUUCGGAGUUGAAAGUUCCGAGAAUAUGCAACAACAGUCUCACAUCCAAGUAGUUGCCAAAAAUUUGUACAAUCAAGAUGAUCAACGUACACCAGUUCCUUAUGGUGUUCUGGACAUGAGAUUGGGCACCAACUCCAAAGAAAUACCUUGUCAAACCUGUGGAAAAAAUAUAAAUGAAUGUGUUGGUCAUUUUGGGUACAUUGACUUGGAACUUCCAGUGUUUCAUGUUGGAUAUUUCCGUAGCAUUAUAAAUAUUCUUCAAACUAUUUGCAAAAAGUGUGCUCAUGUACUACUAGAUAAUUCAGACAAACACCUUUAUCGAAUUAGACUCUCUAAUCCUAAUCUGAGUUACAUGACCAAGAAGGCCAUACGUAAAAAAAUUGUGGAGAAAUGUAGAAAAAUCACCAAGUGUCCCCAUUGUUCAGAGGUUAAUGGUUUUGUGAAGAAAAUGACUGCUGCAAAAGGUAGUACUGGUAAUUCUGUGUUGAAAAUUGUUCAUGAAAAGAACAGGAGCAGCAAGGACAAAAAUGCCAUGGCAGAAAGACAAGCCCAACAAUUUUCAAUGGCUAUUGAAACUAACCCAGAUAUACAUAAUGCCCUAAGUGGGGCUCCUCUAGGAGAAAUAUUGACACCUGUAGAUGUUUUGAAAUUAUUUGAAAGAAUACCUGAGAGUGAUAUGCUAUUACUAGCUAUGGAUCCUAAAAGGUCACAACCUAAAGAUUUGAUUUUCACUAGAAUGCUUGUACCUCCUGUAACAAUCAGGCCAUCUGUAGUAUCAGAUUUGAAAGCUGGAACAAAUGAAGAUGAUUUGACCAUGAAACAAUCUGAAAUAAUUUUUAUAAAUGAUGUUAUUAAAAAACACAAGCUGUCAGGUGCUUCAGUGAAUAUGUAUCAAGAAGGUUGGGAUUUUCUUCAACUACAAUCAGCUCUUUAUAUAAACAGUGAAUUGUCUGGAGUACCCCUUGCCCUGAUGCCCAAAAAACCUGGCAGAGGUCUAGUGCAACGCCUCAAGGGCAAACAGGGCCGAUUCAGGGGCAAUCUAUCCGGCAAACGGGUAGACUUCUCUUCCAGAACGGUGAUAUCCCCUGACCCGAACCUGGAAAUAGACCAAGUGGGGGUACCCAAACACGUCGCCAAAAUCCUCACUUUUCCAGAAAGGGUCAUCAAAGCGAACAUCGACGUAAUGCGGAAGUUGGUGAUCAACGGACCGGACGUAUGGCCAGGAGCCAACUACGUCCAGCCGAAGGGAUCGGCGUUCAAGAGGUUUCUGAAGUACUGUAACAGGGCUAAGUUGGCGCAAGAACUGAAUCUGGGCGAUUUGGUGGAGAGACACUUGCACAAUGAUGACGUGGUUCUAUUCAACAGACAACCGAGUCUCCACAAGUUGUCUAUUAUGGCGCACCGCGCCAAGAUCCACGACCACCGGACGUUCCGGUUCAACGAGUGCGUUUGCAACCCCUACAACGCCGAUUUCGAUGGGGACGAGAUGAAUUUGCAUCUGCCUCAGACCGAGGAGGCCAAAGCUGAGGCAUUGAUCCUCAUGGGGAACAAAAGUAAUUUGGUGACACCAAGGAACGGGGAACUGUUGAUAGCUGCUACACAAGAUUUUUUGACUGGGGCUUAUCUGUUGACCAGAAAAGACACUUUCAUGGAUUUCACUCAUGCUUGUCAACUAGCAUCUACACUUUUUGCUGGGAAAGAUACCCAUAUGAAGAUAGACUUACCCAUACCAUGCAUCAUCAAGCCAAAACCUUUGUGGUCAGGCAAACAAAUCAUGAGCCUGAUCUUCAGACCUAAUGGGAAGUGUAACGUGAAGGCAAACCUGGAAGCCAAAGGAAAAGCGUACACCAAAAAUAGGGAGCUGUGCGUCAAGGACUCUUACGUCAUCAUCAGAAACUCCGUCCUGAUAGCCGGAACUCUGGAUAAAGGCCAUUUGGGCAGCGGCGGCAAAGCCGGCAAUAUUUUCUACAUCAUCUUGAGAGAUUUCGGGCAAGAGUUUGCCAUCAAGUCCAUGUGGAGAUUGUCUAGGCUUGCCUCAAACUAUUUGAUGAACGCGGGGUUUUCUAUUGGUAUCGGAGAUGUCACCCCAGGAGAGAAUCUUGUCAAGAGAAAAAAUAAACUGCUCAGUGAAGGUUAUGCAAAAUGUUUGGAAUACAUCAAGCAAAUGCAGCAAGGCAAAUUGCCAACUCAGCCAGGAUGUACAGUAGAAGAGUCCUUGGAAGCGGUUAUUUUGAAAGAACUGUCAGUUAUAAGAGAACACGCAGGUCAGGCCUGUGUCGCAGAAUUGCAUCCCACCAAUAGUCCUCUUAUUAUGGCCCUAUCUGGAUCAAAAGGGUCUUUUAUCAAUAUAUCGCAGAUGAUAGCCUGUGUAGGACAACAGGCGUUGAACGGUAAAAGAGUACCUGACGGUUUCGAUAACCGGUCUUUACCACAUUUCGAACACUACUCAAAAACUCCAGAAGCCAAAGGUUUCGUGGAAAACAGUUUCUACACUGGUUUGACGCCUACAGAAUUCUUCUUUCACACCAUGGGUGGUAGAGAAGGGCUAGUAGAUACUGCUGUCAAAACGGCUGAAACUGGGUAUAUGCAAAGGAGAUUGGUGAAGUCCUUGGAAGAUCUUGUGGUACAUUACGAUGGUUCUGUUAGGAACGCUGAAGGAGACGUCAUCCAGUUGAUAUAUGGUGGCGACAGCUUAGAUCCGACUUACAUGGAAGGUAAGGAUUGUCCGGUGGACUUUGACAGAGUGUUGCAAGACGUUCGAGCUAGAUACCCUUACAGAAACGAGGUUGCAUUGAGCGGAGAACAAAUCAGGAAGGGCACUCAGGCCUUUUUGGACACCAAAGCUCUGGAGGAGUGCAGUGAUGAUUUCAAAAAGCAACUGGUGGCGUUCAUAAACACCGUCGCCGAGCACAUGGAGAGGAUCCAAGCGAAAUUCGGCAGCCAUCCGGUGAUCAAAGAAAUCGAAAGGCUCACGGUCAGUCAGUUGGUCACUUUCCUGGAAAGGUGCGGUCAAAAGUUCACUAGCUCUAUUAUUGAGCCAGGUACUGCGGUGGGAGCCCUGGCCGCCCAAAGUAUCGGGGAGCCUGGCACCCAGAUGACCUUGAAGACCUUCCAUUUCGCCGGGGUGGCCAGUAUGAACAUCACACAGGGUGUGCCCAGGAUAAAGGAGAUUAUAAAUGCUAGUAAAUCGAUAAGUACUCCUAUAAUUAGGGCUAACUUAAUGAAUUCUUCAGAUCCAUGGUUUGCUAGAGAGAUCAAGGUCAGAAUUGAAAGAACUACUUUGGGAGAGAUUUCUACUUUCAUCGAUGAUGUUUACACAAAAAAUGAAGUGUUUCUUCUGAUCCAGCUGAAUUAUGAAAGAAUCAAGCUACUGAAAUUAGAAGUGAAUGCAGAAACUAUCAGAUACAGCCUUUGUACAUCAAAAUUGAAACUUCGACCAAUAGAUGUUAGAGUAGAAAGUGACACCAUUAUAACGGUUCAUCCGAAUAGAAGUAAACAUGCGGGAAGGCUUAAUUUUGCCCUCAGCGAAUUGAAGGAGCAAAUCCCAAAAGUCGUUGUCAAGGGAUUGCCAACUGUGAAUAGGGCCGUUAUAGCUAGAGAGGACAAAGGGGGUAAACCGUUCUAUAGUCUUUGUGUUGAAGGCAACAACUUGAGGGAAGUUAUGGGGACAUACGGGGUGGAUGGAAAAAAAACCGUAUCCAACAACAUUAUGGAAGUGUACAACACUUUGGGAAUAGAAGCAGCUAGAGAAACAAUAAUGUAUGAGAUAAGAAUGGUGAUGGAAAACCAUGGUAUGAGUGUUGAUUAUCGCCACAUUAUGUUGUUAGCUGCCCAAAUGACCCACACAGGCGAAGUCCUGGGAAUCACAAGGGGAGGAUUGUCAAAAAUGAAGCAGUCAGUGCUCAAUUUAGCCUCUUUUGAGAAGACUGCUGACCAUUUAUUUGAUGCUGCCUAUUAUGGACAGACAGACAAAAUUAAUGGGGUGUCAGAGAAUAUCAUCAUGGGAAUGCCAGCUCCUAUUGGAACAGGCAUUUUCAAGCUUCUCCAUAAACCUUCAUAUGUUGAUAAUACACCCAAUUCAGAAGAACUGUUAUUUGAAACUGCUAUGCAAGAAAUAGCUUGA